AUGUCACAAGGCCACGAUCGAGAUCCAUGUCCCUACGUAAUCAUAAACGACUGUGGAGGAGCCUUUGCCAUGGGCAGCAUAGGAGGUGCUCUUUGGCACUCCUUCAAAGGCUACCGCAACUCGCCUCGCGGAGAACGCUUCUCAGGUGCAAUCACAGCUAUAAAAGCCCGUGCUCCCGUCCUAGGUGGUAACUUUGCUGUCUGGGGUGGUCUCUUCUCAACAUUUGAUUGCACAAUCGCUGCAAUCCGUCAAAAGGAAGACCCGUGGAAUUCUAUAGCUAGUGGAGCGGCUGCUGGUGCUGUAUUGUCUGCCAGAGCGGGGCCACGUGCCGCUGCUAUGAGUGCUGUUGUAGGAGGCGUCUUGUUGGCGUUGAUGGAGGGGAUUGGGAUUGCUAUUGGGAGAGCUAGUGCUGGAGCGUUUAAGCCUGUUGCUCCUAUUAUCCCGGAUUUGCCUGCUGUUGCUCCAACUGCGCCAUUGUCGCCUUAUGCUGAUGGAGUCGCACAUAGUAGUAGUAAUAGUAAAGCGAGCAGUGACGCAGACAAACAGGAUGCUUGGCUGAAUAAUGCAUCUGCUGGACAAGGAGAAGGAGCCACUCCUCUAGCGUCAUCGCCCCCAGCUCAACCACAGCCACCAGCCAAACCUAAAGGUCGCUUUGGCUUCAUAUAA